GGUUUCUGCCGCAGCGCCUUUCCACACGCCGACCCACUGUCAUGUUCGCGCCAAGUCUCGUCGACUACUUCCUCGAGGUCGUCAUUGCCGACCCCGUUGGCACGCCCGUGCGCUCGAUCGCCCACCGGGUACCUGCGCUCGAUCGACCGGGGUUCCCGCUGCCCGACGGUGUCCGCUACUUUUGCCUCCCCGACAAGAUCGACCUCCGCGACCGCGCGCUGUACGAGAAGACACCCAAGUUCCACGCCUUCACGCUCACGGGUGGUGACGGGUCGCGCGCCUACGGCUUUGCGCUCACCACGUACUCGCACGCAUGUGACGCCACGCUGUGUCUACCGCGCGUCUUCUGCUUCAUCUCCCAUUUUGCGCUUUUCGGGCUCUUCAAAGAAGCCUUGGGAUGGAUCUACCACGCGCAGGCUACCGAGGAAGCCAACCCCGACGACGUGUGGCUCGCGUCUCCCCGUGCCGGAGCCCUUGCCUUCCUCGAAGCCAAUCCCGCCAACAACAACCACAGCAGCCACGACGACACACCGGCAACGUCGUGGCGCGACGCGAUCGUCGACUUGGUGCGUCGGGCGCCGGCGCCCGUCGUUGGCGCGACGACCGAGUUUUACAUCCACGGGCAACUGCUGUUUCAGCAGACGCUGCACACGAGCGGCCUCGGCUAUGUCGACGAUGCGUGUUAUCAGCUCCUCUUCCAGCACCUCAGCAUCAAGAACAUCAUCUUCAUCUUGAACUGCAUGCUCUUGGAGCAGCGCAUCUUGAUCCAUUCGUCGCACCACGGACUGCUCACGCCCGUGUGCGAAGCGCUCUGCGCGCUGCUGUACCCAUUUGCGUGGGAGCACGUGUACAUUCCUCUCCUGCCGAUGAAGCUCAUUGAAUAUUUGCAGGCGCCGGUACCCUUUUUCAUGGGCGUGCACACGAGCUACCUCACGACCAAGAGCGGCGCCGACGUCUUUGCCUCGUGCGUCGUGAUCCACCUCGAUAAGGACAAGGUCGUGCGCCCCAUCCACGGCAGCCACGGGCUCCAAAGUGCAUUGGACCACCCCGUGGCCAAGUUUCCGCCGACUGCCGUCUCCUUACUCCAGUGCAAAGUGCAAGCCAUUCUCGACUUGCACCAGCCAAUUGCGAGCGCCCCCACAGCCGACGCCAACCGCGUUCGCUCCCGCCGCAACGCUCGCACGUCCGAUGUGCUUCGCAUCGACGAUGCGUCGUCCGAGGUCGACGUGACCUUUGGCCCCGGACCUCUCGGCAUCACGUUCGAGCCGACCCACGUGCGACUGCUGGCGACUGGCGCCGACGUCGCGCACCCGACAUCGGCCGUCGUCAAGGCCUUCCCACAGCUCCAGAAUGGUCUCCCGGGGCCGGCUGCGCUCUCGGGCGUUCUGCACAUCGGGAGCUUCCUCCUCAGUGUCAACGGCGUCUCGACGCUCUCGCUCUCAUUCGAGGCGACGUGCGAUCUUCUUCGGACGCAGCCACGACCACUGCGCCUUCGCUUUCAAAAUGCACCUCGUCCGUUUCCGAACGCCUGUCGGUUUGCUGCUCGCGUGCAAACCUCGGCCUUUCUGUCUGUGGCGCCAGUGCCAAAGGUGGUGCCGGCAACGACGACGCCGAUCACGCCGUGGGUCGACCCCGUGCGCGUCGCGUUUGCAGGGUUUUUUGUUGACCUUUUCCGCGGGUAUGCGCAGUACAUUGUUGUGACGCCGACGCCGGCGCCGCAACUGGCAGCCCCGCGGUCGCCACAGCACAGUCGGCGCAACAGUCGCCAGCGCCAGGCGGCCGUUGCGAUCACUUUUGAUGCCGACGCCUUUCUUGGUCAACUGUACGCGACGACGACGACCUUCUAUCGCGCCUUCUUCGAGACGCAGGCGUUCCAGGCCUUGAUCAACGACACGGCCCUUGGGAGCCUGGAGCAGGACGACGGUGUACCGGCGCCUGCGCUCGACCUCUUCUUGACCUGCUGCGCCGACGACGUCUCGUCGCUUCGGGCGUGCCUGGGUCGUGAUGUGUCGGCUCUGACGCGUAUAAUCACGUGGCAGUUUCCGGCACCAGUGGCAACAACGAAUGCCCGUCGCAAGGUUGUGAUGGCCAUCGAUGUCGACCACACCACCGACGACAUUCGGGGUGUGGAUCUCUUGGUGGAGACAGCGCCGGCGAAGCGAGCCUCGGCCACCCGGCAGCUGGAAAUGAUGAUCUGCGGUGCCAUCGAGCGUCCCGAGCUCGACGGGCCCCCGAGUGUGCAGCGACGCCGUCGGUCCAUGAAUGCAAGCUCGAUGGCGGACCUCGACAAUGAACUCGCGAGCGGCGCAAGAAGCAAUCAGGUCGAGACCGGCCUCCCGUCGUUGCCGCUUCGGAACAAGCUCGCUGUGCUGUCCAAGAGCUUGCUCCAGCGAAAGACCAAAACCCUCGCGUAGUAGCGCUUUAUGCAUUCGAUUUCAUAGUUGGUCUUUGUUGCGCCGGGCUCGCAGCUCGUUAGCGACGCACGCUCGCUUUGGCCGGGCAAGUCCCUUUGACGAUUGUGUUCCGCGGAAUGGAGGAGCAAUACUGAAACUCAUUUCUCAA